AAGUGAAAAAGAUUGCUCAAAUGAAUUUUUUAUUUGGACUACAAACGAACCGCCACAACAAUACCAUGUGGACACCGAUGCCAGCCAAGUUGCCGAUGAAGAGACUCAAAAACUAUUUCAACAAUUCAAGAGCGUUUUCGGUACAGAUGCCGACCUAAAUCUCUACUAUGCUCUCAAUGGCGCUGAAGAGGGUGACGACAGUGAGGAGACAGUGGCUCAUGUGCGCUUUGAACAAAUGUUGGCCGAACUGAACGAGUUGACCAACUCAUCAUCACCAACUACAAAGACAGUGAGCACAAAUCUUUCGCCCAUCAGUACCACCGAUGGCAUAGAUCCCAUAUUUGAGGAAAUUGUGGUAACACCAUCGACAAGUUCUUCGAGCUCCACAUAUGGCGAACGCACGCCAACGCCACCUUAUAGCGAACUAAUCAAACGUGCCAGUAUUCAGCAUAUACAGCUGGCACCAGGUCUGCUACCAAUCUUUUAUCCUCACUCCCAAUUGGAAACGGAUGAGGAUGAAGAGGGCAUAACCAUUACCGAAAUUGUUGAGGUACAUCGCAUACCAUCGGCGGCUCUUUUCUCCAUUGCUGACAACAACAAUCCAUCGCCAUUGACAACAACGACACCCACAAUAACAACAGCUCCCACCACUACAACAACUGGCAAUAGCAACGACGAUGAGGCCGAUAUCGAAAGUAAUGUAAACAACAAUAACACCUCGUGUUCGUUGUCAUCGACUUUAACCGAUAGCAAAACAUUGGAUGUUCGUACACCUAUUGUGGUCUAAAGUAAAAAAAAAAACAAUAAACGGAACAAUUAAUACAACAACAAGAAAUGUUAGUCAAUAAUAAAGAGAAAGGAGUUUUUGCCUUACUUGCUUUUUAAAGAUUUGAGAUAUUGGAAAAAGAAUUUUCGAAAUAUAUGGUUUCCAAUAAACAUUUCUUCAUUAAGUGAGCGCGGGUAAAACUCCUCCCAUUGUUAUGUUCACUAUUGAUGCAAAAAGGACAAAUAAUUUUUUUUUUUUUAUAAAAUUCCUUUGAUUAAAAAAAUUUAAAUUUCCUCAAGACCCAAUAAAGUAUUUUGACAUUUUAAGUUGAUCUAGCCAUGACCGUCCGUCCGUCUGUCUGUGGAAAGAACGCUUACUUUCGAAGAAUUAAAGCUAGCCGCUCGAAAUUUUGCACAAAUACUUAUUAUUAGUCCAAUACUUAUUAUUGGAGGCCACCUUAGCGCAGAGAUUAGCAUGUCCGCCUAUGACGCUAAACGCCUGGUUUCAAAUCCUGGCGAGACCAUCAGAAAAAAUUUUCAGCGGUGCUUUUCCUCUCAUAAUGCUGGCAACAUUUGUAAGGUACUAUGCCAUGGAAAACUUCUCUCCAAAGAGGUGUCACCCUGCGGCACACCGUUCAGACUCGGCUAUAAAAAGUAGGCACCUCAUCAUUGAGCUUAAACUUGAACCGGACUGCACUCAUUAAUAAGUGAGAAGUUUGCCCCUGAUAUAGCUGUCAUAUACACUGAUCAUGAAUCUUGACUUCUUGAGCCUAGAGGCUCAAUCUUGAACCUUGACUUCUUGAGCCACAAGAGGGCACAAUUUUUAUCCGAUUUGGCUAAAAUUUUGCAUUACGUGUUUUCUUAUGAUCAUCCACAUUCCAUCAACUGCGACAAAUAUGGUUCAAAUCGGUCCAUAAACUGAUACAGAUGCCAUAUAAACCGAUCUGGGAUCUUGAAUUCUUGAGCCUCUAGAGAUCGCAACUAUCAUCCGAUUUGGCUGAAAUUUUUUACAAUUAUAGCUUGAAUCGGUCUUUAGCCUUAUACAAUUCCCCUAUAAACCGAUCUCCCUAUUUUACUUCUUGAGCCCUUAAAAGGUGCAAUUCUUCUUCGAUUUGGCUGAAAUUUUACACAAUAACUUCUACCAGGGUCUCCAACAUUCAAUUUAAUUAUGGUAUAGCUCCAAUAGCAUAGCAAUUCUUUUAUUUUAUCCUUUGUUUGCCUAAAAAGAGAUACUGGGAAAAGAACAGAACAAAUGCGAUUCAUGGUGAAGGGUAUAUAAGAUUCGGCCCGGCCGAACUUAGCACACUUUAACUUGUUUUAAUUGACUUAGGUCUCAAAGUCAAGCUUUGGACUUCCUUUUUGUGAGCUUUUGGCGUACAAGCAUAGCCACAAAUGGAGGCCACAAUAACGAAACAUAUUUGCAUAUCACGCUAAAUGCAAGAGUUCGAAUCCUAGCAAAAAGUUCAAGUUUUACUGGCAGUCAGUAAUCCGACGCACUUCAACUUUUUUGUCUAUUGUGAUUUCGCAGGAGUAGGAGAAAGAAAAUGCUUUCUAGUUCCUACCCUUGAAUUAGCCAUAUCGCUUGAAAUAGCUAAAUAACUUGCGAAUGGUGACAUCCGCUAAUUAAGACAAGUCUUCCAAAAAAUAAAAGCUUAAAGUAGAACUCUUCUUCUUGCCAGUGCAGGAAACACGCGCAGCAGAUAUUCUAUUUUUUCCUCAACGUCCUCGCAGCUUCUGCAAUAAUCGUUACUUGCAACCUUUAGUCUGUCAUCAUGAAAGACUUCUGGUCUAACCAACUUGAGCAAAGGGGUAGACCUCUUUACCUUUAAAUUGGAUGACAAAUCUUGGAGCGUUUAUAGCUCGUAUUUCGUGACUAUCUUACAUCCGUAGGGAUGUAAUGUUGAAGUGCCGUCUACCAGUUCACAACACCAUAUUGUAUUAAAGGUCUAACAAAUGGAGUAUUCAGCCAGUCUAAAAUGUUGGAUUUGAAGUUCAAUUUCCUGGCAAUUAUCAGGUCCUGGCUAAAGAAUUCUUGACUCAUUCACAUCUUUCGUUGGAGAGAAAUGUAUAUCCAGGAGUAGUUCACGUGUUUACUCACUAAUCAAUAUCCAUACGUUGUCUGACUUCUGAAUUUAACCUAUCGUAAUGGGUGUGGAGAAUGUGAUUUUUCUUAGAGGCCUUGAAUGUGUUUUCCUCCCGCCACCAAAGGAUGGGGGUGUAUUCAUUUUGUCAUUCCUUUUGCAACACAUCGAAAUAUCCAUUUCCGACUCUAUAAAAUAUUGUACAUAUAUACUUGGUCGUCGCAAAAAUCUAAGACGAUCUAGCAAUGUCCGUCCGUCUGUCUGUUGAAAUCACGCUACUGUCUUUAAAAAGAAGAGAUAUUGAGCUGAAACUUUGCACAAAUCCUUUUUUGUCCAUAAGCAGGUUAAGUUCGAAGAUGGACUAUAUCGGACUAUUUGUUAAUGUUGUUGUUAUAGCCACAAUUUCAUGUGGAGAUGGCGAUCCUCGUCAACCUCCUGUAGGUGAGCAAGCUUGUUCCGCGGGAACAAGAUGACCAUUGGUUAUUUAAAGGCGCCAAUAACUCGCUUUGUCAUAUCGAACACCAAAUGCACUCAGUAUUUGCCCGCCCUCUAAUUGAGAAUCCGCUCGAUACCGCUGAUUGUCCGCGACAGCCUUAUUGAAUUCGGCCCAGAUCAGUCCAGAUUUAGAUAUAGCUGCCAUAUAGACCGAUCUCUCGAUUUAAUAUCUUUGACUUAUAAAAGGAUAAUUUUAAAAUUUAGCAGAACGAGUUCUGUUAGGCCCUUCGACAUUCGUACUGAGUAUGGUCAAGAUCGGGCUAUAUUUAGAUGUGGCUGCCAUAUGUACCGAUCUCCCGAUUUAAGUUCUUGAGACAGUAAAAUUUGCAAUUUGACACAGUGGGCUGUGUUAUGCUCCUCGACAUUCCUGUCCAAUACGGUUCAGAUCGGUCUAUAUUUGAAUAUAGCUGUCUUAUACAUAUACCGAUCUCCCGAUUUAAGAUCUUAGACCCAUAAAAGGUAAAGUUUUGUUAGACCCUUACAUAGCCUUCUUGAAUAUGGUGGAGAUCGGACUAUAUUUAGCUGCUAUGGGUUCACAAAUGAUGUAUUUUUUACUGUAUUAUGACGAAAGGUGGUUAAUAUAUAAAUCCGAGGUGGUGGGUAUCCAAAGUUCGGCCCGGCCGAAGAUAAUGCCUUUUAACGUGUUUAGCUAGCCCUUGUCUUCUCAAUUCACCGUUAUAUAUGUCCCAGGUCUGUGGUGUCCUUGUUGAGUCUUCUGUUGGCCUUCCUUAGACCAACCACUGUCAACCACCAUGUCGGUUGCCUACCUUUGGGUUUGGUCCUACGAUAUGCAGAAGUUAAGCGAAUUAUUCAGGGCGUUCGUGAUCCGCAUCAUAUCAAUGUCCUCUACAAUUUCUACUACUUCUUCUACUUGGGUGGAACCCUAACCUAAAUCACCCACUUUCUGUUUAGCGAAGAUAUCACUUUCCAGUAUUUUCACCAAGGCUGAAACUAAUGUUUCGAUGAUCGAUAAGCAGCACACUCCUUGCAUUAACAUCUGAACAUCCCCGAACCAGAUGAUGUACACAACAAGGUUCUUCUUAUCUGUAGGAGCAGCUUCCAACAGCAACUUUAUGUUUGAAGGGGGCUCCUCUGAAUUGUGUGCCAUGUACAGAAAAUUAAUGCCAAAGCCGGCUACUACUACAUAUGAAUUCAGUGCUUAGCGUGCAUAGUAAAACGAUAUGAGAAAGUCAAAGAUAACUUCUGAAGAUGGCCGUUGACCGAGCCAAUUGAUGUUUGCCCUAACAUUAUACCAUUAUCAACAUACACAACACAAGGUGCACAGAAAAUUUACGUUGUCUGGCAUAUAUAUAUGUAUAUUCAAAGUACCUACCAAAAUUUAUGCCAUUUUUAUACCCACCACCAUAGGAUCGGGUAUACUAAACUAGUCCGUCCGUCCGUCUGCCUGUCUUUCGAAAGCACGCUAACUUUCGAAAGAGUAAAGCUAGGCACUUGAAAUUUUGCAUAAUUACUUCUUAUUAGUGCAGGGCGGUAGGGAUUGUAAAUGGGCCAAAUGAUCUUGACUUCUUGAGCCUCUGAAAUUUUGCAUGAAGUGUUUUGUUCUAACUUCUAACAGCUGCUCCAAGUAUGGUUCAAAUCUGUGCUUUACCUUUUAUAGCUCCCAUAUAAACCGAUUUCGGAUCUUAUUUAGCUAGAGGGCGCAAAUAUUAUCCGAUUUGGCUCAAAUUUUGCAAGAAGUGUUUUGUCACCUGUUACCUGUGUAUAAACUGAUAUAUCUCCCAUAUAAACCGAUCUCAGAUCUUGACUUCUUGAGAAGCUAGAAGGCGCAACUAUUAUCCAAUUUGGCUGAAAUUUUGCAUGAAAUGUCUUGCUCCAACUUAUAACAACUGCGACAAGUAUGGUUCAAAUCGGUGCUUAACCUGAUAUAGCUCGCAUAUAAACCGAUUUCGAAUCUUGACUUCGUGAGCCUCUAGAAGGCGCAAUUAUUAUCCGAUUUGGCUGAAAUUUUGCUCGAAUUGUGUUUGGUAUCACCAUCAACAAUUGCGUCAAGUAUGGUUCAAAUCGGUUAAAAACCUGAUAUAGCUCCAAUAUAAACUGAUCUCCCGAUUAUACUUCUUGAGCCUCUAGAGGGAGCAAUUCUUAUCCGAUUUGGAUGAAAUUUUGCACAACGACUUCUUGUAUGACUUUUAACAUACGUGUUAUACGAUAUAUGCCUGAAUCGGUUCAUAACCCAAAAUAACGUCCAUAUAAACAGGGAGACCUGUUUUAUUCUUUUUAUACACACCACCUAAGGAUGGGGGCAUAUUCAUUUUGUCAUUCCGUUUGCAACACAUCAAAAUAUUCAUUUCCGACCCUAGAGAGUAUAUAUAUUCUUGAUCAGCGUAAAAUUCUAAGACGAUCUAGCCAAGUCCGUCCGUCUGUCUGUUGGAAUCACGCAACAGUCUUUAAAAAUAGAGAUAUUGAGCAGAGCUAUGCACAGAUUCUUUUUUUGUCCAUAAGCUGGUUAAGUUCGAAGAUCGGCUAUAUCGGACUAUAUCUUGAUAUAGCACCCAUUUAGACCGAUCCGCCGAUUUAGGGUCUUAGGCCCAUGAAAGCCCCAUUUAUUAUCCGAUUUUGCGGAAAUUUGGGACAGUGAGUUGUGUUAGGCCCUUCGACAUCCUUCUUCAAUUUGGCUCAGAUCGGUACAUAUUUGGAUAUAGCUGCCAUAUAGACCGAUCCGCCGAUUUAGGGUCUCAGGCCCAUAAAAGUCACAUUUAUUAUCCGAUUUUGCUGAAAUUUGGGAAAGUGAGUUGUGUUAGGCCCUUCAACAUAUUUCUUCAAUUUGGCCCAGAUAAGUUCAGAUUUGGAUAAAGUUGCCAUAUAGACCGAUCUCUCGAUUUAAGGUCUUGCGCCCAUAAAACGCGCAUUUAUUGUCCGAUUUUGCUGAAAUUUGAGACAGUGAGUUGUGUUAGGCUCUUCGACAUCCUUCUGCAAUUUCGCCCAGAUCGGUUCAGAAUUGGAUAUAGCUGCCAUAUAGACCGAUCUCUCGAUUUAAGAUUAAGCGCAUUUAUUGUUCUAAGUCGCCGAAGUUUGGGACAAUGAAUUGUGUUGGGCCCUUCGACAUUAUUCUUCAAUUUGGCUUAGAUCGGUCCAGAUUUGGAUAUAGCUGCCAUAUAGACCGAUCUCUCGAUUUAAGGUUUUGGGGCUAUAAAAGGGGCAUUUAUUGCCCGAUUUCGCUGAAAUUUGGGACAGUAAGUUGUGUUAGGCUCUUCGAAAUUUUUCUGCAACUUGGCCCAUAUCGUUCCAGAUUUGGAUAUAGUUGUCAUAUAGACCGAUAUCUUGAUUAAAGUCUUGACCCCAUAAAGGCGCAUUUAUAAUCCGAUUCCACUGAAAUUUGACACAGUGACUUAUGUUAGGUUUUUCAACAUCCGUGUGGUAUAUGGUUCAGAUCGGUUAGUUUUUAGAUAUAGCUACUAAAAAGAUCAUUAUUUUGUUAUACACAAUUGAACAAUGACUUGUACCGAUUAGUAUUUGGUCCAAAUCGGAACAUAUUUCGAUAUAGCUGCUAUGGGGCAUAAAUGAUGCAUUUUUCAUCGGAUCGAAAGGUAUAUACCCGAGGUAGUGGGUAUCCAAAGUUCGGCCUGGCCGAACAUAACGCCUUUUUACUUGUUAUUUAUCGAGCCACUUUCUAUUUCUUGAGCCACUAUAGGGCGCAGCUCUUAUCCGAUUUAGCUGAAAUUUUGCACAAUGAAUUCCACUUUGGUCUCCAACAGCUAACCAAAGUAUGACGCCAAUCGGUUCUUAACUUGAUAUAGCCGAAUUAGCAUUAGGAUCCUUUGUUUGUCUAUAAAAAGUGAUAUAGGCCAAUGAACUUAAAAAAUGCGAUCAAUGGUUGAGGGUAUAUAAGAUUCGGCCCUGCCGAACUUAGCCUACUGAAAUUUAUAAAAAUCGGUUCGGAUUUGGAUAUAUGUAGCUCCCCUAUAUCAUUUGUUAACCGAUUCAUCCGAAAUUUGGCAGGAAUGAAUUUUUUUUUAUGACUCUUGACGACGACUUCCACAAUAUACAAAGAGUUUGGUCGCAAUCGGUUUAAAAUUAGAUAUAGCCCUCAUAUAUAUGCUGCUCCGAUUUUGAGAAAUUUGGCUUAAUUGUUUGUACCCAGAAUAGAUCAUUGGAUAUGCUCCUUUAGGGGUUAUUGAUUUUUUAUAUUUUAUUAUAUUUGCAAUAUUUUAAAGUUACUUUCCAAACAAGUAAAAAUGUUCUCUUUGCCAUCAAUAGUAAAAGAUAACUGUCAGUGUUGGUUUUGAUGUGUUUAAACAAAAACAAUAAUUGCAACCGCAAAAAAUAACCCAAAAAUAGUACCCCCUCCAUCAAAGUUUCAUGUAUUAUUUAUCAUUUGCAUAUUGCCCUGGCGAAUUAUAUACAAAAUGUCAUAUACUUAACUUUCUACUUUAAUUGAAUUAGCACUGAUUUCUAUUAAAAUUUGUAUUGUUGAGACAUGUUAAACAUGUUGAACUAGUAUUACUUACGAUAAGGACAUACAUAUGUGUAUUGAAAAAUCUUUUCUCGGUUCCAACCUCAGUUGGCAAUUUUGUUGUCACUUCUGAAUUUUUAAAAUGUUAUAUCCGUUUAUAGACGUUGUUGUUAAGACAUUAAUUUAAAACUAUUAUCAGAUAAUAAUGCAUAUGUAUGCACUUGUAUUUAGUUAAGACUUUCAUCAUUAUGUAUUUGUAUGUAUUUUAUAAAAAUAUGUCAAUUAAUUCAUUUCAUUUAUUUUAGAAAAAAAUACAUUUUUCGUUUCCAAUUGCCAUUACAUGAGGUUUACACGGGGGAAAUAGUUUCACUAAGAGCAAGCAAAUGACAUUAAUCCUCGAUUUCAGAUAUAGAAGACAUUCCAAUAUUGUUAUACCCUCCACCAUAGGAUGGCGGUAUACUAAUUUCGUCAUCCUGUCUGUAAUACCUCGAAAUAUGCGUCUGAGACCCCAUAAAGUAUAUAUAUUCUCGAUCGUCAUGUCAUUUUAAGUCGAUCUAGCCAUGUCCGUUGUCCGUCUUUCUGUCCGUCCGUCUGUCUGUUGAAAGCACUCUAAUUUUUGAAGGAGUUAAGCUAGCCACAUGGAAUUUUGCACAAAUACUUGUUAUUAGUGUAGAUCGAUUAGUAUUGUGAAUGGGCCAAAUCGGUCCAUGUUUUGAUAUAGCUGCCAUAUAAACCGAUCUUGGGUCUUGACUUCUUGAGGUUUUAGAGGGCGCAAUUCUCGUCCGAUUUAACUAAAAUUUCGCACAUAGUAUUUUGGUAUCACUUCCAAUAACUGUGCUAUGUAUGGUUCAAAUCGGUUCAUAAUCUGGUAUAGCUGUCAUAUACAAUAAAUCGAUCUUGGAUCUUGACUUCUUGAGCCAAAUAGAGCGCGUAAUUCUCAUCCGAUUUGGCUGAAAUUUUGCAUGAGGCGUUUUGUUAUUACUUCCAAUAACUGUGCUAAGUAUGGCGUAAAUCGCAAUAGAACCUGAUAUAGCUGCCAUAUAAACCGACCUGGGUUUUUAACUUCUUGAGCGUCUAGAGGGCGCAAUUCUCAUCCGAUUUGGCUGAAAUGUUGUACAACGGCUUUUCUCUUGACUUUCACCAUACGUGUCUAAUAUGGUCUGAAUCGAUUAAUAGCUUGAUACAGCUCCAAUAUAAACCUAUCUCCCGAUUUUGCUUCUUGAGCACCUACAAGCCGCAAUUCUUAUCCGAAUGAACUGAAAUAAUACACAAUGACUUCUACAAUUUUCUGCAUUCAUUUAUGGUCCGAAUCGGACUAUAACUUGAUAUAGCUUCAAUAACAUAACAGUUCUUAUUCAAUAUUCUUUGUUUGCCUUCAAAGUGAUACUCGACAAAUGCGAUCCAUGGUGGAGGGUAUAUAAGAUUCAGCUCGGCCGAACUUAGCACGCUCUUACUUGUUUUUUAUUGUAUUAAAAAUAGACUAUAUGCAUUAAAGAUAUUCUUUGUGGAUAGGUUUACCUAUUGCCUAAUAAAAUGUACCUCGUGUACCUGCAGUGUUACGAUCUAGAUCAGGUCCUAGCUAUUCCAUAAGGGGAUUAAGGAAGAUUCGCAGAUUGCUAUACAGUGAUCCCAAAAAGGCAGUGGCACCUAAUUGAUAGGCACAUAGGAUUAGUCAAACCACUCAAUGAAACAAUCCCAUGGCGAUCGAUCCCAUGUACCGGAACAAGAUGGCUUACCUUCAGAGUUGGACGAGGAUCUCUACCUUCACAUACGAAUGUGGCUACAACAACAACAUGUAAGAUGGCUUCCUCUUCGAGGGGCUAGUGUUGUUUAGAGAAGACCAAAGAUCUAGCCAGAGACGAGACGUCUAGCUGCUUGACUACAUCCAGUGCUGCUUCUGCUACUUACUUAGUUGGUUAUAACAAAACGUCUUUUCAACUGCCCGCCUCAAUCUUCUGCACCUCUUCUCAAAUAGCAUCUUCAUAUGGCAUUACAGGUCUAACAACUGCAGUAUACAGCCAGUGCACGACACGCGGUUUAGACCCUUCAAAGCUUUGCCAAUGAUUCUCUUACAGGUGUAUAGGGCAAGAGUUUCCUUUCUUGGCCUUCCCAAAAUGUUGCAUUUAAAGUUCAGUUUCCUGUCCAGCAACAUACCCUGGCAUUUUGUGCUUUCAGUAAAUGAAAGGUUCUCUCCUACCUAGGAGACAGUGGCACCGUGAGUAACUUAUGUCUCACGCUAAAAUUAACAACUUUCAGAUUCAAGCCUAGACCACUUUCUCGAAACUCUCUCUCUCUCUCUCUCUCUCUAAGAGUGCAUGGAAACUUUCCCUUAACCGCAAUAAAACUCAUUCUUCCAGAGACAAGAACAUAUUGUUAACAUGGCUUUAUAUUAAAGUAGUGGUGUCAAUAAGGGUAGAAAGGGUUCUUCGACGCCGAUACUCUUCAUCAAUGCAAAUUGGUCCAAUGUUUUACGAUGACUUUUGCUCUCAAACACUCCAAGUACUACCUCAUCUGCAUUCGGGUAGUAUUAGAGUAAUUUUUUUCUGUGGAGAAGUAUCUUUGUAUCUCUCAUCUCCCUGCCCAGUCCAAAAUAGCAUCUGUUAGCCAAUAUUAUCCUUCAUUUUAAUUCAAUUUUUAAUAAUAUAAAAUUGCUGUCUAACCAAAGUAGUAGCUCCCAACUUUCUCCUUUUUAUACCCACCACAAUUGGAUUAGUAUACCCCCAUACUAAUCUAAUCUGGAGGCCACCAUAGCGCAGAGGUUAGCAUGUCCGCCUAUAACGCUGAACGCCUGGGUUCGAAUCCUGGCGAGACCAUUAGUGACCAUCAAUGUAGGGGAGACAGUACACCUACUUGUGGUGUCCCUCUUCUGAAUCAAGUCAAGUUAUUUAUGAAUAAGCUACUGCUUUCCCAGAAAAUAUGUAUUCACGCAUAGUUCUAGUGUUUCCUCGCUAGACAUUGUCCAUACAUUCUACUGGAAAAAGCAUCACGGAUAAAUGUUAGCUUAUGUUAAUAACAUUUGUGUAGAACUCAGCAUGUAAAUCUUCUCUACUAAGAUGUAUCACUCAGUGGCACGACGUUCAGACUCGGAAAAUGAGGGAUAAAAUGGAAGUUCCUUUUCUUACACUUAAAUUUGAAUCGAAUAGUACUAUAUUCUACAAGAGAAGUAUCCUCCCUUUACCCUACGGAAAUGUCGAAUUUUGUCUUCGCCACCUUGAGGGUGAGUUUAGUUGGGUUAGAAGGGCACAUGAAUUCCAUUUGUAGCGCUGAACCUUCCGCUCUACGUCUUGUAGAUUCAACUUGAUGCCUUUGGUCCGUGAAUGUCUAUUAACAAAAUGCCUGUACGAUCGCUAACUGAUUCGCAUUUUUCUUCACAAAAUCACUCUGAAAUUCUUAUUUUUUGAAAAAUUCAUUUAUUGAAUUAAUCUUCUUUAAGCUAAGUACUGACUUCAGAAUAUCUGAAAAGUUUGUUUGAAAUCAAUUCAGAUUUAGAUAUAACUCCCAUAUACAUGUUCGUUCGAUUUUGAGAUAUAUUGCAAUAAGGUGCUCAUUUGUUAAUCGAUUCUCUCGUAAUUUGACAGGAGGGAUUUGCUUAUGACUUCCGAUAUUACUGGUGAAUUUUAUAGAAAUCGGUUCAGAUAUAUCGCCCGAUUUUCACUUUCAGAGCUGCUGCAAGCGCAUUUAUUGACAAAUCUUGCCAAAACUUUGUACAACACUUUCCUCGGCAACUACCACAAGGAUUUUCUUAGACUCUCGACAUUAUUGGUGAACUUCAUAGAAAUCGACCCAGAUUUAGAUAUAGCUGUUGCCACCGUUGCGCAGAGGUUAGCAUGUCCGUCUAUGAUGCUGAACGCUUGGGUUCGAAUCCUGGCGAGACCAUCAGAAAAAAUUUUCUGCGGUGGUUUUCCCCACCUAAUGCUGGCAACAUUUGUGAGGUAAUAUGUCAUGUAAAACUUCUCUCCAAAGAGGUGUCGUACUGCGGCACGCCGUUCGGACUCAGCUAUAAAAAGGAGGCCCCUUAUCAUUGAGCUUAAAAACUUGAAUCGGACUGCACUCAUUGAUAGGUGAUAAGUUUGCCCCGUUCCUUAGUGGAAUGUUCAUGGGCAAAAUUUGCAUAUGUAUAUCGCCCGAUUUUCACUCUAAGAGCCACUGCAGGUUGCCACUGCAAUAUUUGAGAAGUUUGCUCGAAAUCGGUUUGCAUUUAGAUAUACAAUAGGUCCCAUUUAUAUGUUCGUCAGAUUUCGGGUAAUUUGCAAUAAUGUUACAGUUAUCAACUGUAGAUAAUACAGUUUGCACAUAUUUGCUCGUUUUAUUUAUAAAAAAAAACUUUGUAGAGCUCUUAUUGAAAACCCCUAUUCAUUUUGGGCCUCCAGGGGACGCAAUUCUUAUGCAAGCAUAUGGAUAUUCUUGUUAUAACCUCCCAUUAUUCUAUUUUAGUUACUGCCAAUAAAGAGAAACCGUCUUUAGACUUAACGAUUCGGCCCAGCCGACCUUAACACCCUUUGUUACUUGUUUUUGCUAUCAUACAGUCUUGUGUUUUUAUAUACGCACACCAGAACAAAAUCCAACAGGCUUAGAAAAAUCUGUAUUUGUUAUGAGUGCAUGUGCCCAUCGCUUCUCUUCCCAACGUUUACUCAAGCAAAUGAAAAAUCUUCAUGUAUUGGCUAUGGAAUUUUUAUUUUACAUUUUUUUUUUCAUUUCAGCUUUCUCUUUGAGUCCCUUAGCGAACAUCAUAAUUCGAACAAUAGACACAUUCAUUCACACAUACGCAGACAUACUAUACAUAAAAUUUUUUUAAAAAAUAAUUUGCUAACAUUCUCUAAUUUGAGCAAUAUUUUUCACUUCGUUGUGCUAAAUAUAACAGAACAAUAUACUACAUAGUCUCAAACAUAACUUAAACAUAACACACAUACGUACAUACAUUUGUAUUAUGUCACAUGUAUUUGCUUUGUAACCACUCACACUACUAUGCAUAUUAAGUUUUCUCAUAUUAUUACUGAAUUUAUAAAAAAAAAACACACUUAUUCAUAAAUUUUUGCUAAACUCACUCGCCAAUAUUAAAAUGCAUACUUAUAAAAAAAUAAUUCAAAUUUUUAAAGAACAAAUGCAAAUACCAUAUCAUUACAAAUAUGAGUCACUUUAUGAAGCACUUAAAAAGCAACAAUUUUUUCAAAAAAUUAAAUUUUACACAAUUGACUAGAUACAAUUUCUUGUUUCGAAAAAGAGAGUUUUGCUCAAAUUCGUUUUGCCUUUUAUUGAAAUACAAUAAUUUUGUUAACAUAAUCAUAACCCAAUAAGAAACAUACAAGGAUGACAUUUGUUCAA